AGCCAGUUCCUCAUGAGCACUCAAGGAGGAGAGCCGGAGAUGGAUGACUGCCUGGAGACAUUGAAAGAUGAGGAGGAAGCUUUGUGGGAGAACGUAGAAUGCAACCGCCACAUGCUGAGCCGCUACAUCAAUCCAGCCAAACUGACCCCAUACCUGCGGCAGUGCAAAGUAAUUGAUGAGCAAGAUGAGGAUGAAGUACUCAACUCGCUUAUGCUGCCCUCCAAAAUUAACCGAGCAGGCCGACUGCUGGACAUUCUCCACACCAAAGGCCAAAGGGGCUACGUAGUUUUCUUAGAGAGCCUGGAGUUUUACUAUCCUGAACUCUACAAACUGGUGACAGGGAAAGAGCCAACACGGAGAUUUUCCACUAUUGUUGUGGAGGAAGGUCAUGAAGGCCUUACCCAUUUCCUAAUGAACGAGAUCAUUAAGCUUCAGCAGCAAGUAAAGGCAAAAGAUGUGCAGCGCUGUGAACUCUUAGCUAAGUCUCGCCAGUUGGAGGAUGAGAGGAAGCAACUAAAAUUGAACAAGAUGGAGCUGCUGACCUUCCAGGACAGGUACAACAAGAUGAAGGAGGAGAGGAACAACUACAAUGAUGAGCUGGUCAAGGUGAAGGAUGAAAACUACAAUCUGGCCAUGAGAUAUGCUCAGCUGAGUGAAGAGAAAAACAUGGCUGUGAUGAGGAGCCGAGACCUCCAGUUAGAGAUUGACCAGCUGAAGCAUCGCUUGAACAAAGUGGAAGAGGAAUGCAAGCUGGAGAGGAACCAGUCACUGAAGCUGAAAAAUGAUAUUGAAAGCCGGCCCAAAAAGGAACAGGUGCUGGAGCUGGAGAGGGAGAAUGUGAUGAUGAAGACAAAAAUCCAGGAGUUACAGUCCAUCAUCCAGGCUGACAAACGGAGUUUGCCAGAUUCAGACAAAGCCAUUUUGGAUAUUCUGGAACAUGAUCGUAAGGAGGCACUAGAAGAUCGGCAUGAGUUGGUCAACAAGAUCUUUAAUCUCCAAGAGGAGAUUCGUCAUGUGGAGGACUUGAGAGAUAAGUAUCUUGAAGAAAAAGAAGACUUGGAGUUGAAGUGUUCAACACUAGGGAAAGACUGUGAGAUGUACAAACACCGUAUGAACACUGUGAUGAUACAGCUAGAGGAGGUGGAGAAGGAGCGAGAUCAGGCGUUCCGUUCCCGUGACGAGGCUCAGACACAGUACUCGCAGUGUCUGAUUGAAAAGGAUAAAUACAGGAAGCAGAUUCGAGAGCUGGAAGAGAGGAAUGAUGAAUUCCAAAUUGAAGUGGUUCGGAAAGAAGCUUGCAUUGUUAACCUAGAGUGCAAACUCCGACGGCUCUCCAGGGACAAUAACUUUCAUGACCAGAGUUUGCCACGGAAUCUGCCAAUUACCAUUAUUUCCCAGACCUUUGGGUCUCCUAGCCCAAAAACCAAUGGUCAGGAAGCAGAUGAUUCCUCAGCCUCUGAAGAGUCUCCAGAAGACAGCAAAUUCUUCUUGCCUGAUCAAGCUCGACUCAAGAGAAGAGUGAACCUAAAAGGAAUCCAGAUAAAUCCGAGAGCUAAAUCCCCUGUCAAUAUGAACAAAACAUCAGAGUUUCAAGCAGUUAGAGCACACGAUGAAGACGGGGCUGAGGCCAGCAACAGCCGCACAGACACUAGUUCCUCUAAUCCUGUUUCCAUCAGUAACUCCAUCAGCAGCUGUGAAGUCAGCAAAAUUCAAACCUUGAGAAAUCGCAAUGACAGCAUCAUGUCAACCACGCCGGAGCCUCCGGGAAAUGACUCAAUAGUCCGACGCUGCAAGGAAGACGCCCCGCACUGCAGCAUGGCUGAAGAGGACAAUGACAGCUUUGGAUAUGAUACUUUGGAGCUAGAUGAUGACAGUCAUGACAGGCACUCACACGGAGCUCCAUCAGUGCACUCUUCCUCUUCUUCUCAUCAGUCGGAAGGCCUGGAUGCCUAUGACCUCGAGCACGUCAGCUCCAUAUUUCGAAAGUUCUCUCUGGAAAGACCUUUUCGCCCCUCCGUCACCUCUGUUGGUCGCAUUCGAACCUCCUGCUAUACCGUCCAGCGCGUCACCUUGAAUGGAGACAGCCUCAACUCGGAAAUUACUCUGGUCGGCGGUAAUGACAAAGGGAGCUUUAUUAGCUCUGUCAAGACAGGAUCACUUGCAGAGAAAGCAGGUCUUCGAGAGGGCCACCAGCUCCUUAUGUUCGAGGGCUGCAUCAAAGGGGAAAAUCAGAGUGUUCCCUUGGAUACUUGCACAAAGGAAGAAGUUCACUGGACAAUUCAGAGGUGCAGUGGUCCAGUAACGCUCCAGUAUAAAUCAAAUCAUGAAGGUUACCGGAAGCUGCUGUCAGAAAUAGAAGAAGGGCUGAUCACAUCAGGGGACUCGUUUCAUAUCCGCUUGAAUCUGAACAUCUCCAGCCAGCAGGACUGCUGUUCCCUGUCGGUGAAAUGUGACGAGAUUGUCCAUAUUCUUGACACCAUGUAUCAGGGGAAGUGUGAGUGGUUGUGUGCCAGAGUUGAUCCUUUCACAGACAGGGAUCUGGAAACAGGGACAAUUCCCAGCUACAGCAGAGCCCAGCAACUCCUCUUGGUGAAGCUGCAGCGGCUGAUGCAUAGAGGAAGCAGGGAUGAGACGGAAAGCUCACAUAAUAAUACCCUUCGGUCGCUCCGGAAUACACUGCAGACAGAGGAGCCUGCCCCACAGACCGAUCCCAAAGCCAGCCCUCGCCUGUCCCGAGCCAGCUUUCUUCUGGGCCAAAUCUUGCAGUUUGUCAGCAGGUCAGAAAACAAGUACAAGCGUAUGAAUAGCAACGAGCGGGUCCGCAUUGUCACGGGCUGGCCCUCCGGGCUGGCCCGAACCUCAUCUGAAGCAAAAAAGCCCAUGCCUGAUAAACUGGAAGAUUUGGAUUCCGAAAGCGAAAUUAAUAAGAGCGUCAGCCUGAUCCCCUACAGCUUGGUGCGACCAAUCCACUGCGAGCGCAGGCGCCCCGUGCUCUUCACCCCCUCCAUGCUGGCCAAGACCUUGAUCCAGAAGCUCCUCAACUCUGGAGGUGCCCUGGAAUUCAACAUGUGCAAACCAGAUAUUGUGACAAAGGAAGAGUUCUUGCGGAAGCAAAGGACAGAGACUGUCAUCUUCAGCAGAGAAAAGAAUCCGAACACAUAUGAAUGUAUCGUACCUGCCAAUAUUGAGGCUGUCACUGCCAAGAAUAAGCAUUGUCUGCUGGAAGCUGGAAUAAGCUGCACAAAGGAUUUAAUCAAAGCCAAGAUAUAUCCUAUUGUUCUCUUUAUCAGAGUCUCAGAGAAAAACAUCAAGAGGUUCAGGAAACUACUGCCAAAGCCAGAGACUGAAGAUGAGUUUUUGCGUAUGUGCCGCCUGAAGGAGAAAGAACUGGAAGCUCUGCCUUGUCUUUAUGCCUCUGUAGAGGCAGAUGCGUGGAGCAGCAUUGAGGAUCUCAUCCGAACGAUAAAAGACAAGAUUGGAGAAGAGCAGCGAAAAACCAUCUGGAUAGAUGAAGAUCAGCUAUAAAGAACAAUAAAUAAAAUGGAGCUCUGUGGUUACCUAAGGACAUUGCAAGGUGGGGCCGAGGCUUUUGGAACUCUCUGGUUCGGUGCUGAGCGCUCCCGUUUCACCCUUGCUGGCUGGGGACUCUUCCUGCUGGCAGGACACGCGUGAGGAAUGGGACGGGAGCUGCUUAAUAGUGAAUGUCUCGGAUGCCAGGGAGGCAGGACGUGGACCACAACGUUGCCACCGCUGCUCCUUCUGACCUACCAGCAUCUCUCUGGGGACAGCAGCUGUACAGCGUGUGAGAAGGACAAAGAUCUCGAGUGGGAGCUUGGGGUAAUUUAUUAUGUUCAAUUAUGGACUGCAUUUGUCUCAUCUAACACUGCUGAUGAGACCAGAUAAGUGGAAUCCAGAAGAUGUAGAGCAUGAGGAUUGGGCUAAAGGAUCUGAAAAACGAUAUGUGCCCCACGCUCAGCCCACAGGUGACAUUCUGAAAUACUCAAGAAAGCUGAGGGCUCUUUGGUAGCAAUAAAAAGCCUGCCAGUGAUGGCCUUAGCAGCAAUGUUAUCCUGGUUUCAUGUGAUAAUUUAAUCAGAAGGGAAAAAAAUAAACAUUAUUCCUGGCAUUAGUUAAAAUGACAGUUUUCCUUUCACUUCUAAACAUCACUUUAGAAUAUUUAACAUUUUUACAGGUUUCCUUUGUAGUCCUGGCACUUACAGCAAAGUAGACUCCAAAGUCCCAGUGGCACAACAGAUCUUUCCAAGUCUGCCAGCGUUUCAUUUAGUUUAUCCCUGCCUCUCUAUUGUAUUCAUUUAUGCAUCUCUCAGUUUUUAACAUUUUUGUACGGGGAAAAUAAUAUGGUGCCUUCUCUAGACAAGUUUCUCUUAUCAUGGCAAUCUGUAUUCCUCUACAACAUCAUUGCCUGCCACCGUGCCUGCUCUCAACAGGAAGGAUGGCACGGAGAAGAGGAAAAGCAGAAUUUCAUAAGCCAGUAAUAGCCAUGAGCCACCUGGUCCGUGACCCCUCUGCCAUGAUUGACAGCAAAGAGACCAGUGAGCAUCACUCUCUGCUGUGGCAAGUAGGGAAACGUUUUCAAAAGUGUCUACAUGAAUUAGAAGACCACUGCCCAUUUUCCAAAGUACUUCAGGCCCGGUAGUGUUUAAGUUUCACAGAUAAUGAGUGGAAGUUGGACUGCUAAAAC